GGAAGGACCGGGUGCUGGAUAGGCGAAUUCCACGGCUUCGGGGAGCUGCCCCGGCGUGGACCCACGAGCGUCCCGGCGUGCUCCGCGCCCUCCCGCAAUUAUUUCCGGGGCGAGAGCCGGGCACUGUGGCGGUGGUGGCGGCGGCGGCCCGGCGAGGAGCUGGGCGGCCUGCGGCCGGAGGCCCGAGGCCCAGCGCAGAACAACCGGGAAGGAACGCCUGUCCCCUGGCCGCCUGCCACCGCGAUGUCCGAGCUCAGUGACGAAGCCAGCGAGCCGGAGCUCCUGAACCGCAGCCUGUCCAUGUGGCACGGGCCGGGCACACAGCUCAGCCGGGACCUGGACGUGCCCCUGGACCUUCACACAGCCGCGUCCAUCGGCCAGUACGAGGUGGUGAAGGAGUGCGUGCAGCGCAGAGAGCUCGAUUUGAAUAAGAAGAAUGGGGGUGGCUGGACCCCGCUGAUGUACGCCUCCUACAUUGGACACGACACCAUCGUGCACCUGCUGCUCGAGGCGGGGGUGAGCGUGAACGUGCCAACCCCAGAAGGGCAGACCCCCCUGAUGCUGGCCUCCAGCUGCGGCAACGAGAGCAUCGCCUACUUUCUCCUCCAGCAAGGCGCCGAGCUGGAGAUGCGGGACCUCCACGGCUGGACGGCCCUCUUCCACUGCACCAGUGCCGGCCACCAGCAGAUGGUCAGGUUCCUCCUGGACAGCGGUGCUGAUGCCAACGCGAGGGAGCCGCUGUAUGGAUUUACGCCUCUGAUGGAAGCGGCUGUGGCCGGCCACGAGAUCAUUGUGCAGUGCUUUCUGAAUCACGGCGUCAAAGUGGACAUGAGGGACCACAGUGGAGCCACAGCUCGGAUGCUGGCCAGGCAGUACGGACACAUGAAGAUCGUGGCCCUGAUGGACACUCACUCGCCCUCGCUGCCCAAGGGCCUCUACCGGAGCCCAGAAAAAUACGAAGACCUAAGCUCUUCGGAUGAAUCCUGCCCUGUUCCUCAGAGACAGAGGCCCUGUCGGAAGAAGGGCUUGAGCAUCCACGAGGGGCCGCAAGCCCUGGCCAGGAUCACAGCCAUCGGCCUGGGAGGCAAGGCCGCACAGCCUGGCCACGAGCAGGUACCUCCCCGGGGCUACGUCACCUUCAGCAGCAGUGAUGAGAACCCCCUGGAAGGGGGGGGCCUCUGCCACCGGGACGUCACCUCGCCCAUCAACGACCGGGAUGUGGAGAGCAGCAGCAGCAGCAGUCGAGAGGAGCAUGCGUCCUGCACCCAGCCUGGGGCCGUCUGGAGCAGCAGCAGGGAGGGCCUGGCCAGGGCCCAGGGACUCAGCAGCGAAGCCUCUCUGGAGAGCAAUGAGGAUUCGGAUCAUGUGCGUAAAAGCUCAGUUCGCAAACAAACUAAAAGCUAUGUGAAGACCAAGACCCGUUCCAGCAACAGUGACAGCCAGUGGCCUCCCAGCACUGAGGCUCCCGGGGCAGCCUGUUCCCCCGGAUCUCCCCCCCACAUUGAGAGGUCCCCUUACUCCGGGCCUCCGGACCUUGCUACGCUGCUGGAGCAGAUUGGGUGUCUCAAGUACCUGCGAGUGUUCGAGGAGCAGGAUGUAGACCUCCGCAUUUUCCUGACCCUCACCGAGAGCGACCUGAAGGAAAUCGGCAUCACGCUGUUUGGGCCAAAGCGGAAGAUGACCUCUGCCAUCGCCCGCUGGCACAGCAGUGCCCGCCCCCCCAGUGAUGCCCUGGAGCUGGCCUACGCCGACCGGCUAGAGGCCGAGAUGCAGGAGCUUGCCAUCCAGCUGCACAGACGCUGUGAGGAAGUGGAGGCCAUGCGGGGCCAGGUGUCCCAGGAACAGGAGCUGCGAGCCGUGGUGGAGAGCUGCCUGCUGGAGCAGGACAGCGCCCGCAAGGACUUGCACACCCAGCUGCAGGAGACCUGGGCCCUGGCCCAGGACGCCGCCCUUGUCCUAGACCAGCUGCGGGCCUGCCAAGCUGAGCUGUCAGCCCGAGUCAGGCAGGACCUGUCCCCUGACAUGGCCACCCUGGGCCCAGCCCUGCCCCUGGCUGGUAAGGAGAACAGAAAACAGGAAGCCUGGAGGCCAGGUUUCAUCCAGAGGGCUCAGCAUGGUCCUAACAUUGGCUCCACCAUCCCAGGUCCCUGUGCGGGGGGCGGCUGUGUGGGGUACCCAAGCCCUAUGGUGAGAGGUGUGGCCACGACAGCUUCAGAAGGCCCUUGUGUUGAGGCCAAUUCAGGCCUCGUGACAUCUGCAGUCUCCAGCAGGUCGGGCUGGAGCCACCUCACACCUAUCCUGGGCUUCACACCUGACCAGUCAAUGCUUUGCUCAGCAGGCCCCACAGGCUGGCAGGCGGCCCUGCAGGCCAUGAGCCUUCCUGAGCUGUCAGGAGCCCUGGAGGACCGCGUCCAUGAGCUGGGGCGCACACUGUGCUCAGUGACCCAGAGCCUGGAGAAGCUGCAGGUGCUGAACGGGAAGGAGACGUGGCGGGAGCCCUAGCAGGAGCGUGGAACCUGACGUCGGGUGACUAAUCCACCCUGAAGUUGUGCCAGGAAGCCAACAGGGCAGCACACAGACGGCUGUAGCAGCCCGGGCCCAGGUGGGGCCGGAGGAUCGGGCCCCAGGGAGCAGCCGGCACAGAGGCAGACGGAGGCUAUGGCUCAGGCCAGCACCAAGGCAGGGCAAAGGCCUCUUGCCCAGAGUCUGGCCACAAGGGCAAGAGGGGCCUCCCUGGCCCAGACCAGGGAGGGCCUUCGGGAAAGAGCGUGUCCCCACACGCAAGCAGUGCAUUGAGGUUUGACCUCGGGUGAGGACCUCGGUGCCUGAAAAAUGUCAGCUGUUGGAAAAUAAAACAGAAUCAGCUGGUGAGGGGC